AUGUACUCACAGUACUGGAACACAGCUCGGGGACGCAGACCGGAUUACAGGAGAUACACAGUGGUGGAGGGGGAGACUCCUCUUCCUCUGGACUCGACAUGUCGCAGGAAGCGUCUUCAUUCUGCGGGAGAGGAGGACGACGAGGAGGCGAGGAGGAGCUGCGUGUCCCGGCCGAACCCCGAGGGCUCGCUGUCGGCCAGCGAACUGAGUAGCUACGGCGAGCCGGAGGAGGGGGAGGAGGUGCAGAGGCUGUGUCAGCGCUGCCACAUUAUGGCGUCACAGCUGAACAGACAAGCUGCUGCUCUGGCCGACACCACGGCAUUGAAGGACCCGGCCUACGCCUCCUUCCUCUUCGAUAAGCUCCAGCGCCUCCAGUGGCCUCGUCGCAGCCGCCAUGCUUCUGUCGACGCCAGCUGCGACGUCUGCGGCGCCUCCUUCCAGCAGCUGAGACGCCUCGCUCUGCGCCGGGCUCUGGGCAUCAGCGGGGAGAUGACGCCUCGCCCCGCCACCCCCAGCGCCCCCCCCGCCACCGCCAGCUGCACCCCACCGGCCUCAGAGAGCGGCUGGGUGGGCGCCGGGCUGCCGGUGAAGCAGCAGAGAUGGUCGUGUGAGGAGCAGCAGCAGGGGGGCGAGGCUCUGUGGAGAUGGGGCGGAGUUCAGAGCACCUAUCUGGGCGGGGGCGGAACCAAAGGGCUGGCCACAGUUACACCCCUCCCCCUGAAUGCACACCACUACCUGGAGGGGGUGUGGAGGGUCUCCUGCUGCAGACCUGAAAACCAACACGCUACGAGUUCGGCUUCAGACGGAGAGUAUGCGACCACGAAGAGUUCGAGUCAGGACGCCGCAGUCAAACCGGCAACUCACAGCAUCGCCACCCAAACCAGCCAGUCUCCGUCUGCUGCGGCCGCCUUUUUCAUCAGGGCGGCUCAGAAGCUCAGUCUGUCCCGCAAGAAGAAGUCCCAGCCCGGCCCCCCCUCCUCGCCCGGUGAGGCCCCGGGGCCCCUUCUGUACACCGGGGGCUUCAGCGGGGCCCUGCAGCUCUCCCCGCCUGCCGUCCCACCAUGCCUCCUCCGGGCCGGGUCGAAGGUCAAGGACGCACCGGGGAUGGGGAAGGUCAGAGUGAUGGUCCGGAUCUGUUCGGUCUACAGCAGCGAGUCCUCAGAGUCCAUGUCCUUCCUCAAGGUCGACGGCAGAAAGAAGCAGCUCAGUCUCUGCGAGACGUCGGCCGGCGGACAGAGACGAUCUUCAGCGUCAGCACCAAAGACCUUCACCUUUGACGCCGUCUUCUCCCAGGAUUCCUCACAGGCCGAGGUGUGUUCGGGGACGGUGGCGGAGGUCAUCCAGUCGGUGGUGAACGGAGCAGACGGCUGCAUCUUCUGCUUCGGACACGCUAACCUGGGUAAGACCUACACCAUGAUUGGCCAGGACUGCUCUGCCCAGAGCCUGGGCGUGGCUCCGACAGCCAUCUCCUGGCUCUUCAAGGUGAUCGAGGAGCGGAGAGAAAAGGCCGGGGCUCGUUUCUCUGUCAGAGUGUCAGCUGUGGAGAUCUCCGGCCGGGAGGAGACACUCACCGACCUCCUGGCUGAACUCUCCUCCUCCUCCGCUGGGGGCCAACAGGAGGCCCCGGGCCCCGCGGUGUCGCUGAGAGAAGACCCCAUCUGUGGAUCCCAGCUGCAGAACCAGAUGGAGCUUGGGGCGAACAACGCUGAGCGAGCAGCGUUUUUCCUGGACGCCGCCCUUGCAGCGAGGAGGAGCAGCCGGACGCCGAGCGACCAGGAGGCCCGGAGGAACUCGCAUUUCCUGUUCACCCUGCACCUCUACCGGGAGAGGCUGGACAAGAGCAACAAGGCGGCAAUGUCUGGUCGGAGUCGUCUCCACCUCCUGGAUUUGGGGAGCUGUGAGACGGACAUCAGCAGGACAAGAGAGGGAGGUGGAGGUCAGUGUCUGUCUCUGUCCGCACUGGGAAACGUCAUCCUCGCCCUCGCCAACGGGGCCAAGCACGUUCCCUACAGGGACAGCAAGCUCACCAUGCUGCUCAGUGAAUCCCUGGGCAACAUCAACUGUCGAACCACCAUGAUCGCCCACAUCUCCGACUCCCCGGCCAACUACAUGGAGACACUGACCACAGUGCAGCUGGCCUCCCGCAUCCAUCGCAUGAGGAAGAAGAAGUCCAGGUAUGCCUCCAGCUCGUCCGGAGGGGAAAGUUCCUGUGAGGAAGGACCGUCCCACCGACCCCCCCACCUGCGACCUUUCCACCCUCGGACUGUGGCCCUUGACCCGGACACGCCUCUGCUGCUAUCCAGUGAUCCUGACUACUCCUCCAGCAGCGAACACUCUUGUGACACCGUCAUCUACGUCGGGCCAGGAGGGACGGCUAUCUCGGACCGAGAACUGAGCGACAAUGAGGGACCGCCGUCCUUUGUUCCUAUCAUCCCCUCCCUGAACAAAAAGCGAGUCAAAGACACACCUAGGUCUGAUGGCGAUCACUUUAAGUGUAACACGUUUGCAGAGCUACAGGAGAGACUCGACUGCAUCGACGGCAGCGAGGGCCCAGCCACAUUCGGCACAGAGGGCAAAGCAGCACAAGCAGCAGCAAUUAGGACUCAGACUGGUGCUACCAAACCCAAGGAGGUUAAGUCUCCACCCGAAUCUGAUAAGAACUCCUCGCAAAGGUUCUUAGAAAGCACACCAACCACAUGCACAAAUAAACCCAGUCAGGAGCAAUCCAAGCUCUCUUCAGCCGAUGGCCUCAUGGACGCUUCCAAACGGACGAGUGCAGAUGGGGAGAAACUCUCAGCCACCCCCUUUCAGCCAUGUGUGGUAAAGCCCACGGGGACUUUUUUCCAGGAUACAGAGCCUGUAGUCCGAGAGAAGGUCUACCUCAGAGGUGUACCCAAGCCGUCUGCCUCACCAUCCUUACCCAGGACAUCCAGGGCAGCAUCUCAGCUGGGGGAGGUUGUUGGUAGGACUCCCCCAGUGGGCAUGAGUCAACAAGCACUGAGGCAAGGCCAACCACUGGGGUCAACUAGCAUGGAGAGGGCCCCUCAUACAAGCAGAUACCCUAUGGAGGUCAACAACCUCCGGGCAGCUCUGUUAGGAAGAUGCCUUGACAGGGAUUUUCUGAAGACUACAGUUACACUGCAGCAGCCUGUGGAGCUGAACGGGGAGGAUGAGCUUGUGUUCACAGUCAUAGAGGAGCUUCCUCGUGGUCUUGUCCCAGACAACGGCCGCCCCUCCAACCUCCUGAGCUUCAACAGUGACUGCUCUCCUCAGGCCUUAGCCUCUGGCUCUCGCCCUGUAAGCAUCAUCAGCAGUAUUAACGAUGAGUAUGAUGCUUACACAACUCAACAAGGAGCCGUGGGACCUGGGGCAGAUGUUAGCACCGACUACCAGGAUAUGUUGUUUUCCCAACGUGGCAAAAACCCAUCAUCUGGUGAAGGCAAUCAUUCAACAAACAGGCUUCACUUGAAAGACAAAAAUAUUGCAACAGAGAAUGCAUCCACACUGACCUCACCAAGUAUAUUUCAUAAACAGCAACUUUUGCAGCAUGGGAUCAAGAGCUCCCUGAAUGACAGUGGAGUCUGUUUCUCAGAGCUGGAAAGUGACCCUGCUACUCCAAACAAACCUUCUUUUACCAAGUGCCCUCCCUCCCCGGACUCAACCAAAGCCUCUCUCAAAGGCUCCCUCAAGGUGCGAGCCAAUACCAUGAACACUUCACUGUCAGCCCAGAUUCCCCAUCACACCUCCCAUUCCAGUCUUCCCAGGAAAACAAAGCCUACCUCAUCUGCAGGUGUGGGCUGCAGCAGACAGGAAGGCAGACAUGAUGAAUUUUUGCUUCAGGGAAGUAGUCACUUUGAUCCCAGAGAGGUCGAGUUUCUCUCUGCAGGUAAGCCAUCAAGAAGUGGCAUGAGCAGUGCUUCCUUUAAAAGGCCUGGAGGGAACAGUAACAGUGUACCUCGGCCACCAAAGGCACAAGUGUCACCUUCAGCUCAGAGGGUUGUGGAUGGUUGUGAGAAGUCUUGCAGCAGGAGAGGAGAUACUCUCAUCAAGAUGCCACGACUGACCCGAGGAGCAACGACUCUAGGAACUGUUUCUAUCCCCCAGAGUUCUGAAUCCAAAUGGGGUAAUGAGACCACUUCAGUGACAGGUACCCUGAGGUUUGCUUCCUUGGGAAAAAAGUCAAAUGGGCAGAGAAGCAGCAUGAUCUCUAAGUCUGGAUCUGGAAACCUUUCUCCUCCUGCUCCACCAGUCAAACAGUCAGGCCAAGAACAAAAUUCGAGGCCUGCACUGUCUCCAUGUGCCUUAAAAACAAGCAGCAACAUCGGAAAGUCCUCAUCCCCUAAAAUAUUGACCUCGGAGGAAGAAUUCAAAGUAAGGCUCCGGGCAGAUUCAUUCAGUCACAGGUCAUCUAGUUUAAAAGCUGAACAUGGCUCUGCCAGGAUAUCUUCAAGCCUGAAGACACGAGGGGCCAAAGCAGAUUUUUCGAGGUACUACGGGAGUCUGAUGUCUCUGGAGAGAUGUGACAGUCAAGCCUUCCCUGGCUCCAAGCCUGAACUGUUCAGGGAGAGCAGUGGUGCUACUUCAGGAGUUAACAGCAAAUCCAACAGAUCAGUGCCAAGACUUGGGAUUCCAGCCUCUACCUCCACAUCUGCUUCUUCCUCCCAAGUUUCUCCUGGUGUCUUUGCAGCUACAAGCAAACUGGGGCAGGUCCGAGGUGGCAGCAGCUCGCGAGCGUCAGUUUCUGGUGGAUCGAAGGUUCGAACGUUGUCUAACAGCAGUUCCAAGAGCCCGAGCUCCUCCUCAAAACCUCCUGACAAUCCAGCUGGACGCAACGCCAGCGUCCCUCUAACUGUUAAGUCCCCUGCUCGCUAUGGGACAGGAGCCAAGAUGGGAAGAGGCACCAUCAUGGGCACGAAGCAGGCCAUCAGCAGGGCGGCUAACAGCAGGGUUAGCGAGCUAGCUGCUGGGAGCCCUAGGAAACAGCUCAGCAGGGGGCCUGGACUGACAGGAAGCGAUAGUACUGACAGUGGGACUAGUAGUGUGAGUGGUUCACCAGUCAACACGCCGAUACCAUCACCUUACAGCAAGAUCACCGCACCUCGGAGGCCGCAGCGCUACAGCAGCGGGCACGGCAGUGACAACAGCAGUAUCCUCAGUGGGGAACUGCCCCCCGCCAUGGGCCGCACCGCCCUGUUUUACCACAGCGGAGGGAGCAGUGGCUACGAGAGUAUGAUCCGAGACAGCGAGACCACCGGCAGCACUUCUUCAGCACACGACUCCAUGAGCGAGAGCGGUGUGUCCUCAUCCAACAGGAGCAGAGUUUCUAAAUCACCCAAGAAGAGAGGAAAUGGGUUCCUGCGGCGGCGUCUGAUCCCAGCUCCCCUGCCGGACACGUCCUCUUUGGGAAGGAAGGUGGGGGGUCAGUGGGUGGACGUGCCCCCGCUGGGCGGCACCCUGAAGGAGCCCUUUGAGAUAAAGGUGUACGAGAUCGACGACGUUGAGCGCCUGCAGAGGAGGAGGGAGGUGGCGACGGGGUCAGAGCAGCCGUUCCAUGACGUUGAAAAGGGUCUGCUCUACUUUAACGCCCGGCUGAGGAUGCUGGAGAAGCGGCAGCAGCAGAUCAGAGAGCUGAAGAGCAAACAUGAGAGGCUGAAGGUGGAGCUGGAGGAGGCCAAGAGUCGGCUGAUGCUCCACCCGAAUAAAUGGAGCGGAGAGUUCGACGUGGAUCAGGACCUGGACCGGGACUCCCAGGAGUACCUGGAGGCUCUGGCUCAGGCCACAGCGGAGCUGGAGUACUGCGUCAACCUCUGCAAGUCCCGCGUCAUGAUGGAGACCUGCUUCGACAUCGCCGUGACGACAGCUGCUGCUGCGCAGGGAGGGCAGCAGGAGGUGGAGGUGUGAGAGGAGAGCCGGGCUCAGAGGUGUUAAAGGAGCUGGAUACCGCGCCACCACUACUGCUCCUCUGGAAUUUAACUCAUUGUUCUGGACGCUUUUACCCUGGUGAAAUGAUCUGGCCUGUAACAGACAUGGACACUCAGCAGGACAAAGACUUGAGCCUCCCCAGGGGGGCGCCGCAGAGCUGAAGGUUGGGCAAAGAUACUGCGUGAGGUGAAUCAGUCAGAAAUGGUCCUCGUCCUCAGAGUCAUAACUGAGUCAGAUCUGAAGACACAGACGUGAAACACCUGUUGAUAUGAUUCAGUGAGACGUCCACUUCCUGAGGACGUCAUGAUCUCUGACGUCCCUCCAGAACAAAGCUCCACAAAUCCACUUAGAAACCAGAGGAGAAAGGAGGCUGCAGAACUCCAUUCAGAAUCUUGCUGUUUUUAAG